CUAGUCCUGAGUAUCCUGACUCUGGGCCUGGGCAGACUGACUGCGAUCCCCGACAUGGAGUUGACUUGGGUUUGAGGAGUAUCUGCGACACAGGAGUGGUGUCAGGACAGAAUCAUUCGAAAUGGUGAACCAUGCGCAUCAUCUAUAUAAGCCCUAACUCAAGGGUAAGACGAUGCAUUCCUCAACACUAACACCAACAACAAUAUCUACACACAGUAAGGUGAAUUCUGAGGCGGGCGGCAACCAUCAUCCCACGGACCAGACCCUUACACAUCAAACCAUUAUCAUUUUAAGCGACAUCACCUCCAUUUAGCCGACACCAUGUCGUCCGAGAUUGUCCACGUCCCCCUCAACGCCUUGGACCAUCUUCACCGGCCCAACUACGUCAAACUGUGCUACUACCUGCCCCUUCAGCCCGGAGCCAAACCGAUCGAUGUGUUCGAGGACCUGGGCAAGGGCCUGCACAAGACGUUUGUGCAGGUGCCGUGGCUGGGAGGCAAAGUGUUCCGGCAGUCACCCGACGCGGCGGGCUACCUACCAGGGCAGCGAGAACUGCGCUACAAGCCAGCGGCGGCGGCGCCCGUGGACGGGCCGCUGCCGCACCAGCUGCGGUUCAACGAGCUCGAGUCGGACUACACGUUCGCGGAGCUGCGCGAGGAAGGGUUCCCCAGCGACGCGUACGACGACCAGGAGUUGCUGUCGGUGCCGAUCGAGGGCAACCUGGACACGGGGUGCGACGUGUUCGUAGCGCAGGCCAACUUCAUCCCGGACGGUUGCGUGCUGUGCAUGUCGACGUGCCACGCAGCCAUCGACGGCACGGCGAUGGUGACGGUCAUGAAGCUGUGGGCGGACAACUGCCGCAGCCUGUACGACGCCAACGAGCCCGUCGAGCCGUUCCCCGCCGAGAGCUCCGACCGCACGCUGCUCGACAAGCUCUGGAUCCCACCCAAGGGCGGUGCCUCGCUGCAGGACGCCGACGCCUGGACCCGCGGGCUCGUCGGCCUCCGCCCCAGCGAGGGCUCGACCACCCCCAUCGACUUCCAGAACUGGUUCGGCAACGACCACCCCAACCCGCCGCGUCUCAUGAAGAACCGCACCUUCUACAUGUCCGCCGCCAACAUGACCGCCCUGCAGAAGGAAUGCGAGGAAGCCACCUCCGAAGAGGGCGCGAACACCGGUCCCCUCUCCGGCAACGACGUCGUGACCGCGCUGAUGUGGCGCAGUCUGGUGCGUGCGCGCGCCGCCGCGGCGGACGACACGCUGGAUGAAGAGUCCGUGCUCGAGUCCGCCAUCGACGGCCGCAUGGAGUUCUCGCAGUCCGUGCCGCCCAGCUACCUGGGCAACAUCACCUUCUACAACCAGUCGGCCAUCCCCGUCGCCGACCUGCUCGACCCGGCCGUGCCGCUGGGCCGCGUGGCGCGCGCCAUCCGCGCCGGCGCCGGCCGCGUCAACAGCGCCAGCUUGCACCACGCCUACGCCCUCAUCAAGGGCGUCGCCGACUACGCCCAGCUCAAGCCCCGCUUCCGCCGCACCGCCGGCGCCGACAUGCUCAUCUCCAACCUGCUGCUCUUCCCCGUCGACGAGAUCCGCUUCGGCACCCAAAAGUUCGGCAAUGAAGGCCGCGCUGAGGCGGUCCGCUGCUUCAACGGGCCCUUCAACCACGUCGCUCGCAUCUCCUUCAUCCUGCCCCGCCGCAGUAAGGGCGGUAUCGAGUUGGCUAUGAACCUCUUCGAGGAGGAGAUGGAUUGUCUGCUUGAGGACGACGAGUUCAACCGGUUCUGCUUGGAGCUAUAGAUGGAAUUUCGAAUGGGAUAGUUGGCUAUACCUUUUGGGGCUUUUGUAAUUAGACUUCUCUUCUUUUGUUUCGUGGUUUUCUACGCUGUUCUGGAUGAUGACUUUGAUUUGUGUAUCUAAUUGGUAUUGAUUAGCUUAAUUCUCCAUUAUUUAUUUCUUUCACAAUCUA